GUAGUUACAGAACUGUGGUCACUUUGGUAUGGGUAUGUCAUUUUCGAGCAGAGGCCUACAAAUUGGGCUAGAGCUUGAGGUUUUAAGAGUUGAGUUCGGUCUCAGACCAGCAGGUGGCAGCAGAGAGUCUCACUGUGAAGUUACUGUAUUCAAAUCUAAUUAUCCUUCAAUCACAAGUCUUUAGUCGAAGAAGUACUGAUUAACAACGUACAAAAGUAUCAGCAUCAAAGUAUACCUAAUGCACCAAAAGUAAAAGUACUCAAUGUAUAUUAUAAUGGUAUUAUGAAUACUUGAUUAACUGCUGUUGCACCAUAUUUAGCCGCUGUUGCACCGUAUUCACCGUAUCUGUGUUGUGUUCAGGCUGAAGCAGCGAGGGACAGCAAACAGAGCCCCAUGGUUCAGAGAAACAGCUCCUUCGCCACCUCGCAUGAAGUGUGGAAGUACAUCUGUGAGCUGGGAAUCAGCAAGGUGGACUUGUCCAUGGACGACAUCGAGACCAUCCUGAACACGCUGAUCUACGACGGGAAGGUGGAGAUGACCAUCAUCGCCGCCAAGGAGGGAACGGUGGGCAGCGUGGACGGACAGAUGAAACUCUACCGCGGCGUCAACGCCGUCAUCCAACCAACGGGCCUCGUCAGGACACCCUGCGGACUCUGCCCGGUGUUUGACGACUGUCACGAAGGAGGAGAAAUCUCUCCGUCUAACUGCAUCUACAUGACGGAGUGGUUGGACUUCUGACUGCUUGUGAUCCUCGUUUGUUUUGUAUUUAUCUCAAAGUUCAAUAAAAGCUAAAUGUUUCUGGUG